UCACACACAUGCACACACCCUCGAGCUCACACACACACAUACAGGCGCAGUGGAAAAACAACAAUUAUUUUGCAUCGCAGGCGAUAAAUUAAAAGUGAAUUAGAACGCAUAGGAACAUGUCAGCGGCUGGCAGAUCGGACGACGAUCCCGGCCAGAAUCCGGCCGUAGAUCAAGAGCCGGAUCCGGGCCAAUCAACGCCAGCGGUGGCCGAAAUCGCCGCCUCCAGUAUUCGAUCCGGCCUGGCCGAGCUUGAGCUGCGAUCGUCACAGGUUCUGCAGCGUUUGGAGAAUGUCAAGGUGUCGUCCACGCCCGAGAAUCACUCCAAUUCCAAUCCCGACGAGAAUCCGGAAGAGCCCGUGACCGAGGAUCAGCAGUAUAACCACCUGCCGCCGGAGCAUCGGGUGCCCUCCGAUAUCCUGAAGUCCCUGGAGCAACUGGUCUCCUACACGGAUAGCGACGACGACCCGGAGUUCCCGCUGCCCGCCUUGGAUGAUGUCUCUCACUUGGCCCUUAUUUCGCACAGCAUUGUGGCCUAUUUGUCGCACCUGGACCGCCAGCAGCUGCUCCGGGUGACGAAUAGCAUUUCCGGUGACGCCACCCGCUGGCUGGGCACGCUGUUCCACUUCGCCCAUCCGGCGAGCAGCUUCCAUGCGGACAAUGCGGACGCAGUGCUGCGCACGGUCCGUCUGGCCAUCGUGGCAAGGUGUCCGGGGUAUUUGGAGGGCGGCAUUCCCGCCCUGGCCCAGCCGACGUUCUACAUCUCGGAGAAUACGACACCGGUGAGGCUGCAGUACGCCUGCCGGCAGUUGGGCAUCCCACUGGAGGCGAUCAAGAUCAUACCGGAGCACAGUCAGUAUGGAACGAUGGAUGUGACGCUGCUGCAAAAGCAAAUCCAGCUGGAUGUGGGCAAUAACAGGACGCCCCUGCUGGUGGUCGCCGACAUUGGUGCCUCCCUGUGCGGCUAUGUGGAUAACCUGCUCCGGCUGAGGGACGUUUGUAAAGCGCACAACAUGUGGCUGCAUGCCAGUGGCCACGGACUGGCCGCCUUGGUCUGCGCCCAGAAUCAGGGCCACGUGGAGGAGGUGCUCCACUCGAUGGCCCUGAAUCUUGGCAGCUGGCUGGGCGUACCCAGUCUGCCGAUCGUCCUGCUGCACCGUCCGCUCCAGAACAGCGCGCUGAGUGCCUUCGAAUCCGAUCCCAUACUAUCGCGUCGCCUCAACGCCUUGUCGUUGUGGACCAGUCUGCAGGCCUUGGGUCGCAAGUCGAUUGCAGAGCGCUUGCACGUAGCCUUCCAAACGUGCAGUAUUCUUUUCGAAAUUGCCUCCAAGUGCGAGGGCAUCCGGGUGUUGAGCCAUACGCCUGGAGCCCAGACCGGAGCCUCCUUGUCAGACAUCAUCCAAAGCCCCUUCGAUGUCCAGGCGCUUUUUGACGCCGCCGCCCCUGUGGUCGCCUAUCAGUUCGAUGGCAGCACCGCCAUUCCACUGGGGGGCAGUGGCUCCUCUGCCGCAGCUUCCGCCGCCGAGCGAGAAACGGCUGAUGGCCUCAAGCCGCUGGAGAAGAUCAACAAUGCUUCGUACUUUGACCGCCUCAACUCUUGGCUGGGUCAGAUCCUGCAGCGCGACUGUCCCAAUUUCGACUUCGAGGUGAUUGAACAUCCGACACACGGCAGCUGCAUCCGCUACUGUCCGCUGGAAUUGGGCUUGGGUGAGCAGCCGCCGAGCUCCGAAAACCUGGAGAGCUUUGCCCAGAGCUUGGAGGCGCAUGUGGACAUCCUACGGGCGACUAUCAAGCACAAGGCUCGCUUUAUCCAUCUGGUGGAGCGCAGCGAGGUGCUGCGCCUUGUUCCUUUGCCCGAAUGGGCUGGCAUGGGCGGCGUACGUUUUGUGCCCGAGGGCUGGGAGUCCCUGCUAACGGACCAGGCCAAAACCGAGCUGAACAAGCUCAACAUCGAUCUGGUGGAGGCAUUAAAGUCCACGGACAAUGCUUUUUCCCUGGGCGAGGGCACAGAUGGCCUGAUUUGUGUACGUUUCGGGAUGGUCACCCACGAAACGGAGGUUGAGGAGCUGCUGGAUCUGGUGGUCACGGUGGGCAAGAGCGUGCAGGAAAACUCGCGGGUAUUGGACACCAUGUCGGAGAUUGUCAAGAAGGGAAUCGAAGCGGUUACCGCGGAUCUGCAGCGUGAGUCGGAGGAGAAGCUCUGGCAGGAAGGCAUCCUGCGGCACGUGCCCGUGGUUGGUCGUGUCUUCAACUGGUGGUCACCGCCGGCCAAGGAGUCGGGAAUCAAGGGCCGCAGCCUUAAUCUCACCCAGGGCGUGGUCGAGAGCACCGAGAAUAUUUACAAGUACCACAUGCAGAUGACUGGAGCCACUGCCCAUCAGUUGCCAGCGAAUCGUUCGCCACCCACGCCCAUGGUGCAGACGCCCGUGGGCGCCGGUUCGUCGACGCCCGUCUUUCCCACGGUGGAGCCCGUACCCGGAACCGUAUCAGCAUCCGGCUCGGUUGAAGCCACGCCCGUGCAGCCGGCGGAUGCUUCGGGAUCAGGAGCUCCUGCUGCUGCGACAACGGCAUCUCCGCCCACACAAAACCAUGUGGAGCAUGCCCGCACUGUCAGCCAAAGCAGUGCCGGCUCCUCCAAUGUUCCCGAACUCGUGGCCGCCAACAGUGCAAUUAACAAUAAUUAACAAAAGUAUAAUUAUCAAAAAUACCUAUAGAUGAACAGAAAAAAUAACUUUUAGAUCAAGGCAGAGCCAGCAAAAUGGAUUUCAAAGUGGGAGGGGCCUUAAAGCAGCAAUAUCAAACAAGGCUUAAUAAAAAGACGUAGACAGAAACCAGAAAACUGAACAGCAUACCAUAUAUAUAGAAGGCUUAUUUUAACCUCCCCCUACUUAAAAAAAAAACAAAAACAAAACAAUUCCAAAGAUGAUUGUUCGCCCAAAAUGAUGAUGACACAAAAUCCAAUUUAAUUGCUUUUAUGUAUUUAUAUAUAUUGCUAUUCCUAUGAUCUUUUAUAUAUCUCUAUUAUAUAUUAUAUUAUUUUACCUUAUUAUACUUUAAUCCCAUCAUUGUUGUUGUUGUCGUCUCUGCUCCGAAAGAAAAUGCUCGGAAUCUUGUCCCCUUUUCAAUUAUAUUUUUUGUAAAAUUGUACUUUUGUUUAUCUUUAUUUAUAAUUAUUAUUCAGAUGCAAGUACCUUUGAGAGAGAUAAUAUAGGCAAUUGUUCAAUGUUCAAUUGUGCGAAGCAAUAAAUUGCGCUAUGCUUAUUUGUUAAGAAGCUAAGUGACAAAAACUAAAUAAAUUAAAAAGGAAAAAAUAAUUAAUUAAAUGACAAAAAUAUAUUUAUUAUACAAAUUGCUGCUAUAAGAAGAAAGCAAGAUCUGCACAAAAUAUGAUAAAAGAAAAAACUAAACACAAUAAAAUGUGAAAUAAUUUAGACAGA